AUAUAUUUUAAAGAAACAAAGUAAUAAAGAUAAAUAAUUAGUCAUGAGUUCUAAACUGCGCAAAAUAUCCGUUAGGGUUGUUUCUAAACGAUUGCAACAGAUAUUUGAAGAAGAUACCAAUUGUGAAAUUGUUAAUUCAAAGAUGCAUGGAGAGUUAAAUAAUUUCCCCUCUACAUCUAAUAUAUCAACAGAAGACAUUUUUCCUGCUAUAAGUGAAAACAUAGUAGAUAACAAAUCAAAUUUUGGAACUGUAGGAAAUAUAUUUUCGCAUAACAAUGAUAAUUUUGAAAAUGAAUUUGAUCAUAUUCGAAAUCCUUAUAUUGAUGAUGAUGAAGAUGACGAUGAUGAUUAUGAAACAUUGUCCCCUGAUUUAACUACAUUAUUAGCUGAUUGGGCUGUCCAGUUUAGUAUUACGUUGACUGCUUUAUCAUCUCUACUGUGUAUUCUCCGUCUGUUUCAUCCUAGUUUGCCAAAAGAUGCAAGAACUAUUUUAAAAACUAAACGCAAUUUUAUAAUUGAGCUUCGAGCAGGUGGUGAUUACUUCUAUUUUGGCUUGAUUAAUAGUUUAACGAUUACAUUAAAUCACUUUUAUGAUAAAAUUGCUAAUUUUUCAACGCUUUAUGUGCAGCUAAAUGUCGAUGGUUUACCUUUGUUUAAAAGCAGCAAUAUUUCAUUUUGGCCUAUUUUGUGUCUUCUGCAAGGUUUUAAUAUUAAAAAACCUGUUUUAGUUGGUCUUUUUUGUGGAGUAGCUAAACCAAACAAUUUGAUAGAUUAUUUUGGCGAUCUUGUAAUAGAGUUAAAUAAACUUGGAAAAGGAUUUUUAUUUCGUGAAAAAGAAAUUUCUAUCAAAACUUGUAGUAUAAUUUGUGAUGCUCCUGCUAGAGCAUUUGUUAAAGCUGUAAAAGGUCACAAUGCAUAUUAUGGUUGUGAUAAAUGUAACCAAAUUGGUAAGUAUAAAGCUAAUCGAAUGACCUACCCAUUGGUAGAUGCACCUGUGCGAACUGAUGAAAGUUUUAGAUUAAUGCACAAUGAUGAUCAUCAUUUGAAAAUUGGGGAAAAUUUCAUUCGAAGUCCAUUUUUGGAUAUUGAUAUUGGAAUGGUCACUCAAUUUCCGCAUGAUUAUAUGCAUUUAGUUUGUUUGGGAGUUCAAAAGAAAAUGAUUAAGUUGUGGUUGUCGGGACCAUUGUUUUGUCGAUUACGCUCAUCUUCUGUUGAAAGCAUAUCAAAUGCUUUAAUUUUUUUAGGCAAAUGGCUUCCCACUGAAUAUGCGCGAAAACCUCGUUCACUCAAAGAAGUUUCACGAUGGAAGGCAACCGAAUUUUGCCAAUUUUUGUUGUAUACAGGUGCUGUUGUUUUACAUAAUGUGCUUCCAAUUGAGUUGUAUAAUAAUUUUAUGCUGUUAUAUGUAGCCACAUUUCUUUUAGCAAGUCCAACUUAUUGUGUAUCUAGAUGUAGUUAUUCUAAAACUUUAUUAAUUAAUUUUGUUAACCAUUUUGGACUAUUGUAUGGCCAGGAAAUGAUCGUUUACAAUGUUCAUAGUUUAAUCCAUUUGGCUGAUGAUGUUCAACAGCAUGGGACUUUAGAUAAAAUAUCUGGAUUUGCAUAUGAAAAUUACUUGCAGCAUUUAAAAAAAAUGAUAAGAAAACCACAACAUCCUUUAGCUCAAAUUAUUCGUAGACAGUCGGAACGUGAUGCUGUAAUAAAUGACUUUUUACCUGAUCAAAAAAUUAAAUAUAGAAAGCAACAUAACAAAGGACCAUGCCCUGAUUUUUUAAGAUUUUCACUACAAUAUAAUGAAGUUUAUUUACCAAAUUUUUGUCUUAAAACAACAUGUGGCAAUAACUGUGUUAAAAUAGAAAAUGAAAUUUGUUUAGUGAAAAAUAUUUGUGUUUUUGAUGAUAUUACCUAUAUUGUAUACUGGUCAUUUUUGACAAAAUCAAAUUUUUUUACUUAUCCUUGUGAUUCAAGUGUGUUAGGAAUAUUUCUAGUAUCACAUUUAGAUAAAGUGGAUCGUAUUGCAAUUUUAGAUGACAAAUUUCUCAAGUGUGUCUUGUUACAAGUUGACAAUGGUUUUGUCGUGUCACCCUUGCUUCACUUGUUAUAAUUAAAUUUGUUGGAAUUUGUUUAUAUAUUUUUAUUAUUGAUAAAAAAAUAAAUUGUUUUAUUAUUUAA